AAGACAAUAAAAGACAGAACCUGGCUGGAGAACCUGGCUAGGCUGCCUCCGUGUCAUUCCUUCUUCGCCGACUCUGUCUACACCUUUGGGAACCCCUGGACCUGCUGGGGUUGGACCCCAACAAUGGAGAGCACCCCGUCGAGGGGUGGACUGAACCGAGCACACCUACAAUGCAGGAAUCUGCAGGAGUUCCUUGGGGGCCUGAGCCCUGGGGUACUGGACCGACUCUACGGGCAUCCUGCCACCUGUCUGGCUGUCUUCAGGGAGCUCCUGUCGUUGGCUAAGAACUGGGUGAUGCGGAUGCUCUUUCUGGAGCAGCCUUUGCCACAAGCUGCUGUGGCCCUGUGGGUGAAGAAGGAAUUCAGCAAAGCUCAGGAGGAAAGUACAGGGUUGCUGAGUGGCCUCCAGAUCUGGCACACGCAGCUGCUUCCUGGUGGUCUCCAGGGCCUCAUCCUCAACCCCAUCUUCUGCCAGAACCUCCGCACUGCGCUUCUGGGUGGGGGCAAGGCCUGGUCUGAUGACACACGUCAGCUGGGACCAGACAAGCAUGCCCGGGAUGUCCCCGCACUGGAUAAGUACGCCGAGGAGGAGAGAUGGGAGGUGGUCCUGCACUUCAUGGUGGGCUCCCCCAGUGCAGCCGUCAGCCAGGACUUGGCUCAGCUCCUCAGCCAGGCGGGGCUUAUGAAGAGUGCUGAGCCUGGAGAGCCGCCCUGCAUCACCUCUGCUGGCUUCCAGUUCCUGUUGCUGGACACCCCCGCUCAGCUCUGGUACUUCAUGCUGCAGCACCUGCAGACGGCCCAGAGUCGGGGGAUGGACCUAGUGGAGAUCCUCUCCUUCCUCUUCCAGCUCAGCUUCUCUACUCUGGGCAAGGAUUACUCUGUGGAAGGUAUGAGUGAUUCUCUGUUGAACUUCCUGCAGCAUCUGCGUGAGUUUGGGCUUGUUUUCCAGAGGAAGAGGAAGUCUCGGCGGUACUACCCCACGCGCCUGGCCAUCAAUCUCUUAUCGGGUGUUUCUGGGGCGGGGGGCACUGCGCAUCAGCCAGGCUUCAUUGUCGUGGAAACCAAUUACCAGCUGUACGCCUACACAGAGUCGGAGCUGCAGAUCGCCCUCAUUGCCCUCUUCUCUGAGAUGCUCUAUCGCUUCCCCAACAUGGUGGUGGCGCAGGUCACCCGGGAGAGCGUGCAGCAGGCCAUCGCCAGCGGCAUUACAGCCCAGCAGAUCAUCCAUUUCCUAAGGACAAGGGCCCACCCAGUGAUGCUUAAACAGACACCUGUGCUGCCGCCCACCAUCACAGACCAGAUUCGGCUGUGGGAGCUGGAAAGGGACAGACUCCGCUUCACCAAGGGCGUCCUGUAUAACCAGUUCCUGUCGCAAGUGGACUUUGAGCUGCUGCUGGCCCACGUGCGGGAGUUGGGCGUGCUGGUGUUCAAGAACGCGGCCAAGCGGCUCAUGGUGGUGAUGCCUGCGGGGCACCGCGACGUCAAGCGCUUCUGGAAGCGGCAGAAGCAUAGCUCCCGGGGACUUGGGGGGACUGCACGUGGGGACGCUGCUGUUCAAUAAAGUCGGAAAGCGCUCAAAAAAAAAAAAUUACAUUUUUAAUUGCUUCAUAGCAUCAUUACUGGCACAUAGUAAAUGCUUAGUAAAUAUUAGCUAUUAUCUACAUGUUCUUGAUAGGUUUUGGUGGGAGAAAACCCUGAGGUUGGUUUUGGGUAUGUUGAGGCCUAGGUACUUGAGUCAUCAGAGAAGUGGAAGCAAUACUGCCCUGGGCAGAAGUGUGCUCACCGAAUAGUCCCAGCCUUGUCUACACACUGGGACACUGACCUCCGGAGCCUCUGCUCCCUCUUCUGGAAAGAAGGAAUGGUAUUAUCCACCUACCCUCUGUCUGAGGAGGCGCUGCACACAUGUAGGGUGGUAUUAGUAUUAUUUUAUCUGCCAUUAUAUGCUCCCCUCCUUUCUACCACAUAGUAGGAAUCAAGAAAACUUUCCUGUUUUGCCAGUUAUAGGGUUGUGCACUUGCACCCUGAAAGGCUCCUUGUGUGGCAUCAAGUUCUUUUUCUCUCAACCAUUGUCUUUCUUUCCUUGUUCCUCUCCUGUUUCUGUCCUCUGCCCCCCACCACUCCCCUUCCUUGUGCCAGGACCCCUGGGAACUCAUGCUAACUCUGUGGGUGUUUCUGAGCAAUUAAACUGCUGAGGUUGAUGAGUUCUGGCAUUAACAUGUCGUCAGGGUCUUCAGUAAAAUAGGAACAGCUGGUAAUAGUGAGAGGGACAGUGACAGUCCCUCUGCAGGGCUGAUUUGGUGCAUAUACGUUUGCUCUGCAGUGUGGCACUUACCGGGCAAUGAUAACUUGCAAACUUUCUAAUUUAGCAUUCAUUUCUUGGCACUAGAUGAGAGCAGUCCUAGCAUGCAGGAAUGAGUCAUGUAAUAGCAGAGAUAAUUCUUACAAAUAAUAAACAUCCCUUUCUAUUAUUCCAAAGACAAACAUUGGUGGUGGUGUCAUUGGGGUUUUUCAUGACCUUUUGUGCACUCUGGACUGGUCUUUUCCAAAACAAAUGUGGUGUCUGCAUUUUAGAUACUUUUCCUCCCCUGCCCCUUUAUCCUUCAGAAAUAAAAGAUUUUCCAACACAAGGCUAAAUGUCAGCUGACGUUGCAAAUGUGUAAAAGGAUCAUUUUUAUGGUCCUUAGCUUCCAAGGGUUCUUGUGCAAACUUCUUUUUUUCUGGAUUCAGUUUUCUUGUUUGUGAAAUGAUGGGGUGAACCUUGAUUAUUUCCAAGUACUCCUCCUCCUGUUUCAAGAUGGGCCCAGUUGAGGUAGACUUUGCUUUUAGACUCUAGAAACACUGCUGAAGUGUAUAGUAAGUAAAGUGGACAUUUUGUACAUCAGGUCUACACCCUAAAGGACCAUAUGAUGAACUUGAUUAAAAAUUUUAAAAAGUAAAACAUUCUUCUGCUUAACCCUUGCAGGAAGUCUGUUUGGGAGGUUGGGGAGGGACUACGUUUGGUCUCUUAAAGCAGGGCCCACCUCUGCCCGUGAGUCAGGAUGCAUUGUCAAAGCUUGGUUCUGCUUCGAGAUGGCUUACUGUCGGCCUCUGAGAAAGGCCCCUUUUAAAGCGCUCCAGUGCCCAGUGUUGCAAAUGGACACUUAUUCUCCACCGGUCCAGCCCGGAAGCCACAGCAAUGCCAUCGCUUACCCAGCUGAGCCUCCUGAGGUUGGGCUUUUUGUGCUGUUGGGACAACUUGAAAAAGACUACCUUACCACUCUCCCACCUAGAAUCAGAUAUACCAAGAUGGCAAACAGUCUUUUCUCUUGAAUUUAGUAUUGGAAAAUAGACUGCUCCUAUGUCUGGCUUUAGGAGGGGAGGGCUGAAGCUUGCUCCCAAGACUAUCAGCAUCCAUUUGUCUGUGAACUUAGGCUGAGUUAAGGGCAGUUGGGGGAUAAUUGAACCAGGUGGAUCAGGUUUGUAGUGUGAACAAAGAUACUGAGACCUACAUUGUAAUCAUUUCACUGUGAGGCAUGCUGUGCUCCCUUCUCCCUGAACCCGGAGGAAUCUGAAAUAGUUGAAAAGGAAGGGAGUGGUCAGAAAGAGGAAGACGGUGGUGCUAGGAAGCCCCAACAUGGUGGUGGUACCGCCUUCACCUGGAACUUGGUCUGUAAGUGAGGCCUUGAUGAGGAAGGAGUGUGGGCCCUGGAAUUGGGAAACUUGAUUUGAAUCUCCAGCCAGCCUCUUCCAGGCACCAUGGCCCUGGACAAGCUCCUGAACCUCUUUUCUUCCUUUUGCCCGCCAGGGAGUUAGAAAGAGCUUGCUCUGUGUGUUACAUGCCAGGUAGGGUGGGCAUCAAACAGUAGUAGCUGUUGUUAUUGUGAAUAAUGUCUGGGGCCCCAGGAAAGAUGUCGUUGUUGUUGUUGUUGUUUUUUUAUGUCAUUGUUUUGAUUCCAGAUUUUGUGCCAGGAGCUCUACCUCUGCUCUCAUUUCAUCCUAACACAUCUCUGAGUUUAGGCAGCGUUAUUCCCAUU